AUGGCUGCCGUACCGGAAACGGUCCAGGUUGCGGUGCGCAUUCGACCUCUGUCGGUGCAGGAACUGGAGCGAGGAUGCCAGAGUGUCGUUAUACAGCCAUCGCCCGACGGGCCACGGCUGGUGGCACGGGGCUCGGAAGAGUUCAUUUUCAGCGAUGUCUUCGGCCCGACGGCCACACAAACCGAAGUCUAUGAGCGCACGGUUCGGCGUCUAGUGUUGCGCCUGUUCGAAGGGUUUAACGUUUGCAUUCUGGCGUACGGGCAGACCGGUUCGGGGAAAACCUACACAAUCGGCACAUCGUUCGAUGGGCACCUGAACGCCGACAGUGGCAUUUUGCCCCGGGCUUUGUUGGAUAUUUUCAAAGUGGUCAACGGAACGUCAACGGAUGAUGAAACCGAAACAUCCUACCGGGUACUGUGCUCGUUCAUGGAAAUCUAUCAGGAGAACGUGUACGAUUUGUUUUCGCCCCGCAACCGCUACGAACGGUUGGUCGGCAUUCGUGAGAGCACCACCGGUAUCAUCGUUCCGGGGCUCACGGAGGUCCCGGUGUCCAGUACGGAGGAAACGUUCCGGUGGUUGGUGCGCGGUGCCAGUUGCCGUGCAAUGGCACCAACCAGCAUGAACAAGCAAUCGAACCGAAGCCACACCAUCUUCACGGUGAUUGUCCGCAAGCGGUGCCGGACCGGCGGCGAUGAGAAGGUGACCAUUUCGAAGCUCCAUUUCGUGGACCUGGCCGGCUCGGAGAGGACGAAAAAAUCGCUCGCUUCCGGUGAGCGGUUGCGCGAAACGAUUCAAAUCAACAAAGCACUGCUCGCCCUCGGGAACGUUAUAUCGACCCUCGCGUCCAUCGGAUCGAUUCAAUCGAAAAAAACCUUCGUUUCGUACCGCGACUCCAAGCUGACGCGAUUGCUGCAAAACUCGCUCGGAGGUAAUUCCAUCACGCUAAUGCUGGCCUGUGUUUCGCCCGCAAACUACAACAUCGAGGAAACGCUCAGUACGCUUCGGUACGCGGAUCGAGCCCUCAGCAUUCGAAACAAACCCACCAAAGCACCGUCGGCCAACUCAUCCUGCACCGAGACGGAACGGUUGACGCUAACGGUCUCAAAGCUACGCUCCGAAAACGAGCGACUUCGGCGGCGCAUUUCGGCCGAGUUGAGGAUGUCCCAAGACGGCAGUAACAACGGCACGGUGCAAAGCCGGAACACGAAGCAACUGAUCACACAGAACCGUUCCCUGCAGGGUCAGCUGCAGUCAUUGAUCGAGGCGUCAACGCGUAAUGAACUGAGAGCAUCCAUCGCGGAGAACGCUAUCGGGCGCAUGGAACCACUGGUCAUGCUCGAACCGGAUCCGCUACCCUUCAGUCAGGAACCACAAACGGCCGAAGAACUACGCGCGAAAUGCCACGAUGUGCUGCUGCGAUACCGGAGCGAGGUGGAAGCACUUCAAAAACGACCCACGAUUGCUAGCAAAUCACCUGUUCUGAAGUACCUUAAUUCAAUUUAA